AUGAUGUACGUGCUUCUAAACCUGGUGUGUACUGAAAGUCAUGACAAGCCUUCACUAUCUGCUUGGCCCAGUCAUGUUGUUCAACUGGGACAACACGUGUCCCUUACUUGUGACUCUCACAGUAAACAUGGCAUGUUCAAAGUGUACAAAGAACAUGGCACACCUAUCCCUCACGUCCAAGACAGAACAUUGCAGAACAGCCUUGUCCUUGGACCUGUGACUUCAGAAUAUGCAGGAACUUACAGAUGCUAUGAAUUUAAUCCUCAAUGGUCUACUCAACUUUCAUCACACAGUGACCCCCUAGAGAUCAUAAUUUCAGGAAUCUACAGGAAGCCUUUCCUUGUGGCCCGAGAGUCUGUCCUUCUGAAUUCAGGAAGCACUGUGACACUCAAGUGUCAUUCAGAGAUUUUGUUUGAAAUCUUCAUAUUAACUUCACACAAAUACAGAAUAAUCAAGGACUCUUUCAACCUUUCUGCAGAAUCUCAUCUUAGUGAGUCCUAUGCCAAAUUCUCAAUAGGUCCUGUGACACCUGAUCAUGUUGGGACAUACACGUGCUAUGGUUCUUACCAUGAAAUGCCAUAUAAAUGGUCAGACUUCAGUGACCCUAUUGAUAUCAGGAUCACAGGUUUAUACAAGAAACCUUCUCUUUCAGCCCAGAUUGGCCCUGUGCUGAUGUCAAGAGAAAAUGUGACCUUAUCCUGCAUUUCUGACCAUAGAUUUGACAUGUUCCAUCUAUCCUUAGAAGGGGUUUCUCAGGGACAUGGGCUGCCUGCCAUGAAGAGCCACAAUGGGACAUUCCAGGCCAACUUUGCUCUCGGUCCUGUGAUACAGAAAGGGAACUAUAGAUGCUAUGGCUCUUUCAGGAACUCUUCCCAUGUGUGGUCAUCCCCAAGUGACCCCUUGUAUCUUCCUGCAAAAGGAAAUUGCACUUCAUGCACAGAAACACACUCCAAAUCUAAUAACCACAGGAACAUGUAUAUUCUAAUUAGAUUGUUAGUUACCCUGAUCCUUGUCUUCGUCAUCAUCCUUUAUUUUUGUUGCUCUGCCAAAAAGAGUAAGUCUCAGGACCAAGCCAGUGAGUCCAUCAUGGACCAAGAUCCUGAAGCGAAAAGAACACUGAACGGACAGGACACUGACAGACAAGAAGGGCAGGAGGUUCAUGCACAUAAUUUGGGCAGAGGAUCUUCAAACAAAAAUUAG